GAAAGGCCGAGGAGCGGCUCCUAAGGUGGAUUGUGACGGAAGCAAAAUGGCGGGGAGCCGAGGGUGGGGAGAGGAGGGAAGAGAAAGCACACAGCCACCGCUCCGCAGUGCUGCUAGACGUUACCCGGCAACCUCCGGGUCCCACCUUUAAAUCCACCGCCACCUACCCCUACCCACCCAACCCCGCGCCCACUCGGGCUGCCGUCCCGUCUGCGCAGGCGCCGCCGUGACGUUACGUCCGAAGCUUCCGCCACGAGGUGAAAGGGCGCAGGCGUCAGACGCAAAGGGGACCCUGACAGCUGCAACAUGGCGGAUAAGGAGAAGAAGAAGAAGGAGAGCAUCUUGGACCUGUCCAAGUACAUCGACAAGACCAUCCGCGUGAAGUUCCAGGGAGGCCGCGAGGCCAGUGGAAUCUUAAAAGGAUUUGACCCUCUGCUCAAUUUGGUACUUGAUGGCACCAUUGAAUAUAUGAGAGAUCCUGAUGACCAGUACAAGCUCACUGAAGACACACGCCAGCUAGGAUUAGUGGUCUGCAGAGGGACCUCAGUGGUGCUGAUUUGCCCUCAGGAUGGCAUGGAGGCCAUUCCAAACCCUUUCAUCCAGCAGCAGGAUGGAUAGCCCCUGACUGUGUCCAGAUAGACGUGAUGACUUCUCAGCAGCUUUGUUGAACACGGCUAAGAAUUUUCAGCUUAUCAGGGAAAUACCUUCCUUUUCUGAAAGGACUCAGUGACCUUCCCUCAUUACAACUUGCCAGCUGGGACAGAAGAAAGACCUUUUUUUUGGCGUAUGUUUUUUCUAAUAAAAUCACAAAACAAAUCUGUAAA